AGACUUCAUCAGACAAAUAAAUGAGAGCCGUUGCUGCACUGUACAUAAGGAUUGUAAAGGGAAACUUAUACCAGUAAAAGUACAAGACAAGGGCUUGGGGGGUGCAGUAAAAGUUCAGUUGGCUUGUUCUGGUUGUGGUAAUGAGAUAAACUAUUCCAGUAGUUGGGUAUCACAUGCUUACCACAAAAGGAACUGUGUUUCCUUAGCAUUGGCCCUUUGCUUCCUUGUAUAUGGUCAAGGAUACCAUACCUAUCACAAGGUUAUGAGGUUAGGUAUGGGUGUUGAUGUAUUGGCUAGCCCUAAUUUUCAGCGUAUCAAAACUCUAGCAUAUCCUCAUGUUAGAACUAUGUUGGAUAGUAUGUGUGAGAGGGCUAAAGACUGUAUGAAGGCAAAGCCUGGUACAGAUUUAGGUAGCUGGCAACGGGGUGUGACCACGUCUGACGGGUGCUGGCUUAUAAGAGGGUUCCACAGUCAGUGCUGUACUUUUGUUAUUUUAGAUUUUUUGACUGGUGGGAUAUUGUACUAUGGUCACCUGUGUAUGAGGGGUAAAAAAAGUGUAUGUGAAACCGACAUAUGGGCAGGCACCUCUAAAGCUGCAGAGGGCCACUUGGCUUUCUUAUUGUUUAAAAGGGCAAAGGAAGAAGGCCUAAUGUUGCCCUGAAUUGGCAGGAUCAAGAUUCCACUGCUGAACUGUCAUUCAGGAGCAUUUUCCCGGAUGGAGAACUCAAUAGAGUUAUGCUCUGUGGAGGGCAUGUUGGCCGCUCUCAUGGCAACAACUUAAAAGAGCAUAAGGGAAGGAAAAGUGUAGAAAAAGGCUUCAUUGAUAAGCACAAAACAAACCACCCAUCAUUGAGUACAGCAAAAUGCUGUUGCCAAGGGAAAAAGUACUCUAAGGGUUGUGGUUGCAUUUCCCAGGGCUUCCUUUUAGCAGCAAAAAGGAACCAUUUCUCUGCUUUAAAGCAGAGUGGAAAAAGCCCUGAAGUAUAUGCAAGGCGGAUGAAGGUAUUGGGUAAAUGUCAUUCUAGGGAUGUGCAUCAAUGGACAAACAGUGAUCGGUCACUGGAGGAAUGUGGGUUUCACCCACUUGUUGUCUGCUCUUGUGGGAAAUGUGGCCGCAAAGAUGUUGCUGACAAUGCUACUGAAAAUGAAUGUGAGGGAAAUGAUGAUGUUGAUGACAGUAUGAGCAGUGACAAUGAUGAACAUGAUGACGACUGUGAUGAUAGUGAUGAUUAUGACAGUGAUGAUGAUGAUGAUGAUGAUAGUGGUGAUGAUGAUUGUGAAGCAAAUGAUAACGAUGAAGACAGUACAUGUAGUGAUUUGGAUGAUGAUCCAAUACUGAACUGCUCUGGCAAGCCUUUUAAGACACGGAAUGUUCUAUCUUGUGAACUUCAUUCUCUUUUGUAUGAAAUAGAGUGUUUUAGAGUUGCACAAAAGGCACAUGACAUAGUUCAUGACGAAAUGGGCAGGGGGCAUUCAAGCGCCCGAAAGUAAGUUUAACGUGCUAACACGCUUUCGUAUUAAGAGUGUCAACCUUCACCAGUUACAUUACGAGUUCAUUACAAAUAUUGGUUUAUGUCAAAGUAAAUAUGACAUUUAUGUUUAAUAACUGUGGUGCAUCAUACCAUUGGAUGAGGGAACUAUUUGAUUUAAUGCACCUCCCAGUUCCUGAAGGGCUUCCAGAUGUUUGGAGAAAAGAGAAUGAGAAACGAAUGAAGGCACUGACGAAACAGAAAACGGACACAGCAAAAUCUGGAAGAGCGAAGCAGAAACAGAAACGCCUCCAAGAAAGCAUACAAAGGAGAAAAUUUAUACAACGACAAAAAAUCAUCCACAGCUAUGGAGAAGAGUGUCUUGAUGAGAGCGAGGCCUUAGAAGAAGCCCAAAAACAACUCAAAAAGAAAUUCAACAGUGGCACUAGGACACCGAAACACAUUUCUCCUCCCUGGGGGUCUAGAGUGACAGUUGGGGGUCAGUGUAAAUGUGGUAGCACUGAUCAUUUACGGACCUCACACUCAACAUGUCCUUGGAACAAGAAGAAACGAAAUAAUGCAAUCGAUAAGAAUUGACCCACCCAUAAGAACAAAGUAACUUACUAUAUGUAAUAUGAUAUAACAGCUUAUAAGACAUAUUUCAACUCGCAAUUAUAAUAAUUGAUAGUUCAUUUCUAAUUUUUGAUAAUAAAAUAUU